AAAAUCCACUACCCCCCACUCAACUUUCUUUCUCCCCAAACACCCCAGACUUUUCUUCAAGACUCCAUGGACGCCGAAGCUUCACCGUUUGAAACCAGCGAGAUGUUGGCAGCUUUCUUGGCGUCCACGCCUCUGCUGUCCGACUCAUGGAGGCUAUGCGACGUCGCCAACGCCACUACGCCACGUGGUUUCGUCAUGAGCGUGGUCGGAGAUGUUGGGUAUGUUGCUUUCUCCGGCAUCCAAAUGGCCGGAAGCUUGGACCCCGGCUGCGGAAACUUGGUGCCGUUGGAAAGCGCCGGUAACGGGCUGUUCCUUCCCCUGCACCGCCACAAUGAAGGCGAGGAGCCGGUGAUGGUGCAUGCAGAGAUGUUGCAUCUCUACCUCUCUCUGCAUAUUUCCUCAACUUUCCAAAUCCAGAUGUUGGCACUAAUGGAGCAAAGCAAGUCAAUUAUAAUCACUGGCCAUGGCAUAGGAGGAGCAAUUGCCUCUCUUUGUGCUCUUUGGCUCCUCUGCAACCUCCCUGCUGUGUCCUCUCCCUCUCCUACACAAGUCCUCUGCAUCACUUUCGGCUCCCCACUGCUCGGCAAUGCCUCCCUUUCCCGAGCUGUCUUACGAGAAAGAUGGGGUGGCAACUUCUGCCAUGUCGUCUCGAAACACGACAUCAUGCCGAGGCUGCUCUUUGCUCCUCUGCCAUCCUUCUCCCACCUGCAUGGCCUGCUGCACUACUGGCACUUGUCUAUGGCUUCUCCCUCUGACAACCUUGUUUUCCAACUGCGCAAUGAAGACAAAGCUGAGCUGCUUCGCUUUGUCUUGCUUCAUUUGCAAGUGUUAGCACUGGAUGAACAAGAGGCGCCCACAAGUACUUCAUUUUGGCCACUGGGGAGCUACUUGUUUUGCUCUCAGGAGGGAGCAAUGUGCAUAGAUAAUGCUGUGUCUGUUGUUAAGAUGAUGCACCUGAUGCUUAUGACAGGUUCUCCAAGUAGUUGCAUUGAGGAUCAUCUUAUGUACGGGGAUUAUGUUGGGAAUGUUUGUGUACAAUUUUUGAAGCAGAGAAGCUUCAUGCAAGGAGAUCUUCCUGAGUCAAGCUAUGAAGCAGGGGUAGCUUUGGCGUUGCAGUCAUCGGGGAUGGAUAUCCAGGAAUCAGUUGCUGGAGCUGCGGAAGACUGCCUUAAGAUGGCAAGGCGAAUGGGUCGGACACCAAACCUGAACAGUGCAAAGCUGGCUAUUAGAUUAUCAGAAAUCAACCCUUACAGGGCUCAGAUAGAAUGGUACAAAGCAUCCUGCGAUGAGUCUGAUGAUCAGAUGGGGUACUAUGAUUGCUUCAAGCAAAGGGAAACCUCAAGAAGGGACUCAACAGUUGACUUGAACAGGUACAAGCUUGCGAGUUUCUGGAACCGAGUCAUCGACAUGCUGGAGAAGAAUGAACUGCCUCACGAUUUUCAUAGGCGUGCUAAAUGGGUGAAUACCUCCCAGUUCUAUAAGCUCCUGGUUGAGCCUUUGGAAAUUGCUGAAUACUAUAGAAAUGGUAUGCACCGUGUCAAUGGCCAUUACUUGAGCCAUGGAAGAGAGAGGAGGUUUGAGAUUUUUGAUAGGUGGUGGAGAGAGAGAAGGGUUAGCGAGGAAGAAAACAAUCAGAGGAGCAAAUUUGCAAGCUUGACUCAAGAUUCAUGCUUCUGGGCAAGGGUGGAAGAGGCAAAGGAGUGGCUUGAUGAGGCCAGACAAGAAAGUGACAGAAAAGUGCUGGCUUUGUUGUGGGAGAAGAUUAAUGGAUUCGAAAGGUAUGCAAGGAAAUUGGUGGAAAGUAAGGAAGUUUCUAAAGAUGUUGUGGCAAGGAAUUCAAGCUAUAGUAAGUGGGUGAAAGAAUACAGUGCAUUGAAAUCACAGAUGAUGUAGUAUCUCCCUCACUCAGUUUCCAAAUUUUUGGAUGGGGAGAUGCUUUCCUUAGUCUGUACUCCAGGAUAAUAAUGCUUUCUAGUGUUUAUCUUAUCUACUUAUUUUGAUGCA